AUGACAGGUAUCCUUCAAUUCAAACGCUGCUUGGGCUGGAGGCCGAGUUGGCUGGCGCUCUUCAGCUUCACUACUAGAAAACACAUCCCAACACUUUGCUUCGCCAUUCUUUUCGCAUCAUUAGCUAGUGCUAGUUCUCCCAUGUUUGCAACACUCCUUGGGGAGGCAUUCAACUCUUUGGCAUUGUUCGGUAGUGCUCAAAUCUCUGCCCAGGAACUAAUUCAAAAGACAAAAACAAGCUGUAUCAAACUGGCAUGCUUAGGUGUUUAUAGCUGGCUCUGCAACAGCAUCUAUUUCAUUCUUUUUGUGACCUUCGGAGAGCUCCAAGUCGCUAAUGCACGCGGCACCCUCUUCAAAGGACUUUUGCAGAAAGACCAGGAAUGGUUCGAAACACAAAAAGAUGGAACCCGAGCAUUCUUAUCCUGUCUUCAAGCCCAUAUCUACGAGCUGCAGAAAUCAACGUCCCAGCCUUUGGGACUGCUACUGCAGUAUAGCUUCCGAGCCAUUGGCUCGCUGGCUCUGGCGUUCUACACCUCCUGGAACCUUUCUCUGGUCACGCUAGCAGGGAUCCCGGUCUUCUCUGCUAUGGCUUCAUUUAUCUCUUCUAAGAUGAAGUUCAAUAUUGAAGCACAGCAGGCUGAGUUGGCAAGCGCUUCGAAGGUUGUCAACAGCACCACCACUUCGAUUGAUACAGUCAAGUGCCUGAACGGGGAAGCCUUUGAACUUUACAAUUUCUCGAGCAGGAUUGACGAGGCUGCGUCGCAGUUUUUGAAACAGGCGCGGUUGAACUCCAUUCAGAUAGCCCUCAUUCGAUUGAUGACGUACGGCAUGUUUGUUCAAGGUUUCUGGUACGGCAGCUCUUUGGCAUCGUCUGGGCGGCUCUCGCCCGGUGACGUUUUGAGGACAUUCUGGGCUUGUCUCACCGCAGCACAGUCCAUCGAAUUUAUUAUGACUCAAGUAAUCGUACUAGAUAAAGGUGCGGUUGCAGCUUCUGCAUUAAAAAGGACCUUGAACAGGCAGACCAGGAACGGCGGCCCGAAAGAGAUGGAGGGAGCAGUAUAUCCCCAUCAUUGCGAUGGCGAUAUUGAAGUGAGCGAUUUGUCUUUCGCAUAUUUGUCUCAGCCUGAGAGGCUCAGUCUGAACUCGGCAAGCUUCUUCUUCCCAGCGGGGGAGACAACUUUCGUCGUAGGAAAGAGUGGAUCUGGGAAAAGUACCCUAGGGCAACUACUCACCCGGAUAUACUCGCCAACCUCUGGUGAAAUUCUCAUAGACGGCACACCCAUACAAACUUUGAGCAAGAACUGGAUCCGAAACAAUUUCACCCUGGUAGAACAACGGAGCAAUCUCUUCAACGAAUCGAUAUUCAUGAACAUUGCAUUUGGACGGCACGACUAUGACCGGAUCCGAAAAGAAGACGUUCAGGAAUGCAUUGACCUGGCGAUGCUGCAAAGCGUAAUCGACCACAUGCCGAACGGUAUCGACACGUGUGUGGGUUAUGGCGGUAGUUUUCUAAGUGGCGGCCAGAGACAAAGGGUUGCAAUCGCCCGGGCUAGAUUAAGAAACACACCGGUCUUGAUCAUGGAUGAGCCUACAAGCGCUCUAGAUGGGACGAAUCGUCAUGAGGUGAUCCGAGCAAUCCGGGAGUGGCGUAAAGGGAAAACAACCAUCAUCAUCACACACGACAUGUCCCAUAUCUCGGACAGAGAUUUUGUGUAUGUCCUGGAUCAAGGAUCAGUGGUACAGGCUGGGUAUAGAUAUGAGAUUGAGAAACUAGGGAAUGAUUUCUUUCAUUUUAAUGAGGAAAGCUAUCCAUGUGAUUCCGGCGACAGCAUACUCUCAAAUAAUUCGGCUGAGCUUGACAAAAACCGAUGUAUAUCCUCCGUGCUUAUGGGCCUCAGACCCGAGUCAUUUCAUACUGGAAAAUUCCAACCAAGAUCCCGACUUUCAAUCGUGCCCACACCGCAAGACACCUUGCAAGAUGGAAUGCAGCUAGUUGAUUUUGCUGAAUGGAAGUCAACUCAUCAAAAAUCAAGCAAAGGAAAGGACCGACAAAUGUCUCUGUUCCAGAUAAUGCUCACGAUCAUACCUAAUUUGACCGUCGGGCAACGUGUUCUUCUGCUCCUUGGGGUUCUGUUCACUCUUUGCCACUCGAGCACCACCCCUAUAUUCGCUUACUUCUUAUCGAAACUCCAAGUAACAUUCUUUAACAAGACGAGCGCUCUGAAAUGGGCCCUGGCCGUUUUGGGGGUCUCGAUAUCGGAUGGAAUGGUGUCCUUCUUCAUGCAUUAUCUUCUCAGUCUUUGUAGCCAAGCUUGGGUGGAUUGUCUCCGAAAAAGAGCCUUCCGCCGAGUUCUCGAUCAGCCGAAGCAAUGGUUCGAGGAGGAGGGAAACAGCCCGUCACAGCUGACCGCUUGCCUGACCCGAGAUGGUGAAGAAAUGCGAGAGAUACUUAGCCGCUUCGGUGGCUACGCUUUGGUUGCAGCUUCGAUCACCGUGAUAGCGACUGUAUGGAGCCUUGCUGUUUGCUGGAAGCUGACUCUAGUUGCGCUUUCCAUUGGACCUGUGGUAUACGCAAUCACAAGAGGUUUUGAACGAAUUAGCGGAUUGUGGGAUAGACGCUGUAACGAGGCUAGGGGUGCAGCGUCGGAGGUAUUUGCUGAGACGUUCUCGGAGAUACGCACAGUACGUACCCUGACACUAGAACCGUUCUUUCAGGGCAAGCAUACGACUGCUUUGUUGAAAUGUCUCACAACGGGACUGCGGAAGGCGGGUUAUACAGGGUUUCUCUUUGGGCUGGUCGAGUCUGUUAUCGUCUUCGUGAGCGCAUUGAUUAUCUACUACGGGGGGCUUCUAGUGUCGGUUCUAGAAUACACUGUGGAGGAUAUCAUGACAGUCCUCUCGAUGCUGUUAUUCAGCAUCGGAUAUGCAAGUGUAGUACUUUCUUGGAUCCCACAAAUCAGUGCAUCACGCGAGAGAGGGUCUAGACUCUUGCAGAUUGCAAAUCUUGCCAGAGCUUCACACGAGCGAGUGGGAUGCAUGCGCGCAACGCCAACACCGGUAAAGCUUACCAGGUUGAACUUCCGGUACCCAUCUCGGCCUAAUGCGCCCGUCUUGAAAGACGUUUCCUUCACCAUCCCCGAGAACUCAUGUACAGCAAUUGUAGGCCGGUCUGGAUGUGGUAAAUCGACCAUAGCCUCCCUGUUACUAGCUCUGUACGAAUCGCCCGCUUCCGAUAGUGUACCAGCUAUUUCACUUGGCGGUGUUGAUAUACGCAAAUUACACACUCCAACGCUUCGCUCCGUUGUGGCGAUUGUCUCACAGCAACCGACGAUAUUCCCGGGGACCAUCGAAGCCAAUAUUAGUUAUGGGCUGGAAGGGCCUCUUCGGGAUCCUCGCAACGUCCGCGAUGCAGCAAAGGCAGCGGGGAUUGAUGAGUUUGUAUCAUCCCUUCCGCAAGGCUACUCUACCGUUAUUGGAGAUGGCGGAGUUGGGUUAUCCGGCGGGCAGGCGCAGCGAGUGGUGAUUGCGCGGGCACUUGUCCGUCGCCCUCGGAUUCUAAUUUUGGAUGAAGCUACAUCAGCCCUUGAUCCGGCCAGCGCCGAAAUCAUUCGACAUACUGUGCAGAAGCUAGUGAUGUCACAGGCAGGCCUGACGGUGGCUAUCAUCACCCACGCAAAGGAAAUGAUGGAGAUUGCGGAUAAUGUGGUUGUUCUGGAGCAUGGGCGUGUUGUUGAAAGUGGGCCAUAUAAAACGCUGGCGAAACGGCCUCAUCUGCAAGCAUUGAUAAACGAUAAGAGGAUAUAG